CUGUCUCUCACUCUCACUCUCUCUCUACCCCAGAGCCAGGAGCCGAAAAACUGGCCACCACAAGCUAUAGGCUCGUCGUAGCGCCGGCGGGCAGCCAGCGUGGAACGGCGGGCAAUGUGGUGGUCACCACCACUACUACCAACAAUGCCUCCUCGGGCAGCAAUUCGAGCGGAAAUGCGGGCAGCAGCAAUUCCGGCAGCGCCACCGGUGGCCUCAACGUAACCACCAUCACAACGACCGGUGGAGGCGGUGGUGGUGGCGGCAAUCAGGUGCAAAGUGGCGGCAAUAGUUCCCAGAGCAACGGAACCACCUACAAGAUUGAGAUGUUGGACGAGGAUAUCCAAAGUCUGGGCUCGGAUGACGAUGACGAGGAUCUGAUUAGCAGCGAUGGCAGCCUGUAUGAGGGUGAUCUCGGCUCCAUACCCGUCAACGAUGAUGUGGCCCAUCAGUUGGCCGCCGCAGGACCCGUGGGUGUGGCCGCAGCGGCGGCCAUAGCCAGCUCCAAGAAGCGCAAGAGGCCGCACUGUUUCGAAACGAAUCCCUCGGUGCGAAAGAGGCAACAGAAUCGGCUGCUUCGCAAGCUGCGUGGGAUUAUCUACGAGUUUACGGGGCGGGUGGGCAAGCAGGCUGUGGUGUUGGUGGCAACGCCUGGAAAACCCAACACCAGCUACAAGGUUUUCGGGGCCAAGCCGCUUGAGGAUGUGCUGAGGAAUCUAAAGAAUAUCGUCAUGGAUGAAUUGGACAAUGCGUUGGCACAGCAGGCGCCACCGCCGCCACAGGAUGAUCCGUCGCUCUUCGAACUGCCGGGCCUCGUUAUCGAUGGUAUACCAACGCCCGUGGAGAAGAUGACACAGGCACAGUUGCGAGCCUUUAUCCCGCUGAUGCUCAAGUACUCCACCGGCAGGGGGAAGCCCGGCUGGGGCCGUGAAUCGACCCGUCCGCCCUGGUGGCCCAAGGAGCUGCCAUGGGCGAAUGUACGGAUGGAUGCACGCUCCGAGGACGACAAGCAGAAGAUCAGUUGGACGCAUGCUCUGCGCAAGAUCGUGAUCAACUGCUACAAGUACCAUGGCAGGGAGGACCUGCUGCCCACCUUUGCCGACGACGAGGACAAGGUUAAUGCUCUCAUUUCGCAGUCGGGCGAUGAGGAUGAGGAUAUGGAGCUGUCCAAUCCGCCGACCAUACACACGGUGACUACAAUGACACCACCAACAGGCAAUAGCAAUCAACCGCAGCAGGUGAAUGUGGUGAAGAUCAAUAGCGCCGGCACUGUGAUCACCACGCACACGGCCCAGAGCAAUACGCCUGCUCCAACGAUCAUCCAGAGUACCAAUAACCAGCACGUGACCACAACCGCCACGUUGCCCGCCUCCACAAAGAUUGAGAUCUGCCAGGCUCCUGCCCCGCAGCAACAACAACAACAGCAGCAGCAGCAUCACCAGCAACAGCAGCAGCAGCACCACCAGCAGCAGCAACACCAUCACCAGCAACACCAUCAGACCAAUGUACCCAGCACCGUUCAUAUACAGCCAGUGAGCGGCGGUCAGCCGCAGACCAUACAAUUGACCACGGCCAGUGGAACAGCCACAGCUACGGCGGUGCCGACGACAGCUGCUGCCGUAAGUGCCGCACAAGCGGCAGCGGCCGCAGCCGCCCAAGCAGCAGCCGCCGCCCAAUCGAAUGCCCAGCAGACGGUCACUGCCCAGCAGAUAGCCAACGCCCAAGUCUGCAUCGAGCCCAUAACGCUGAGCGACGUUGAUUACACCACGCAAACGGUUCUGUCACAAAAUGCUGAUGGCACCGUGUCCCUAAUCCAAGUGGAUCCCAAUAAUCCCAUCAUCACGCUGCCCGACGGAACCACAGCCCAGGUGCAGGGUGUAGCCACGCUUCAUCAGGGCGAGGGUGGUGCCACCAUUCAGACCGUGCAGAGUCUCACCGAUGUCAAUGGCCAUGAGAACAUGACCGUGGAUCUCACCGAGACCCAGGAUGGCCAGAUAUUCAUCACCACCGAGGAUGGUCAAGGCUAUCCCGUGUCGGUCAGCAAUGUGAUCUCGGUGCCCGUCUCCAUGUACCAGUCGGUGAUGGCCAAUAUGCAGACAAUACAAACAAAUAGCGAUGGCACCGUUUGCCUGGCCCCCAUGCAGGUAGAUACAACAGCCACGCGUGGCACAACCAGUCCCUCCUCUACGGGCCUGUCUGCCGGUGUUCAGUGUUAUUCCCUGAUCAGUGCCGGCACUGCGGCAGUGUUGAGUCGGCGUAGCCAACAGGCAACCACUACGGGGGGUCGUUACUACCUAGCAGCAGCUAGCUCUGCCACCUCUAAUAACAAUAAUAAUAAUAAUAAUAAUAAUAGUAGUAGUAAUAAUAAUAGCAGCCUCACAAACAAUAAUAAUAAUAAUAAUAGCAUUAAGAUGCCUUUGCCCAUAGUGCUGGCCACUCCAGCCGCUGCUCAACCUCUCCCCAGCACUACCAGAUCCUCGCGAAGGAUGGCGGUUAAUGACACAGGCGGAGCAGCAGGCUUGUUGAUGGUUCAAAAGCGCAAAAAGCAGGGCAAAUUGAAAGUCCAAACCAAAGCCGGCGAGGCAUCUGGCUCAUCCGCUGCCUCCGCCUCUAUACGCUGCGUAAACAGCGACAGCUUGAUCAAUGUGCAGCUGCAGCUGCCCUCCAAAAGCAUCAAGCAAGAGCACCAGGAGUAGAACUCCCACCAAAAAAUAUAACAAUAAUUAAAAAAAGAAGCCACAUCUCGAAUCUAGUCAGAGAGAAGAAAAUAUAAGGAAAAAAAGAAGCACACUUGCCAUUUUAAGCUUAGAUUAAAUGCCAAAAAAAAGGUUUAUUUAGAAAAAUAGAAACAUAAAUUGAAAAAGAAUUUAGGGCAAAGGAAAGGACCACACCAAAUCGAAACCAAUUUGUUGAUAAUUGAAACCAAAAACUAAGAAAAAGAAAACUAAAAGCAGAAAUCAUAUAUAAUUUGUUCCUAAAAAGAAUUGUUUAAACUUUUAGUUAGUUAGUAUUAAAUAGUUAGUAGAGGAUCUUAGCAGCAGCAACAGCAACACAAACCAAAUAUUAAUCAUAUGUAGUCAGAGUUUAAGUUUGUUUUUAUUUUACAGCAGCACAGGGAUUCAGAUUUUUGGUGCAAAUUUUGCGAAUUUGAAAAGAAAAACAAACAAAAAAAAAACCUCAAAAGUAGUCAAUUUAGCAUUGAGAAUGCCCAUAAUAGCUUAGCCCUUAAUCUAAGCCUUUAGUCUUAGUUACAGCCUUAGUUUAAGUCUUAGUCUUGGUCUUAGUCUUGAUCUUAGUCAUAUAAUCUCCUCGGGUGUGCUUGAAAAAAUUGCAAAUUUUUAUGUUAUUAAUUGCUAUUGUGUUUAUCCCCCCCCCCA